AUGUCACAACCUGAUCAUAAUAUGGAGGGGCACGAGAUUAAGAUGGAGGGUGAUGAGACUAAGAUGGAGGGACAUGAGGCUAUGAUGAAGGACGAAAAGCAAGACAUCAUCCUUUCCGAGGAGUCCGCCCAAAUUCAAGACGAUGAUAAUGCAUCGGGUUUCGAGACAAGGGCCCAGCGGAUGCAGCACAUGCCAAAAGUCAUCUCUUUGCAAAUCCCACCAAAUGGUUCAGAUCGUCAAGGUGGCGCGGACUUUUGGUACUGUCCCCAAAAUGAAUGCCGCGAGAAGUUCAGCAAUGCAAAGGACCGCAACGACCAUGCUCAUUGGAACCAUGGCUGGUGCUGGAAGUGCAGCAUCGAGUUCAAGACCCAAAAGGCUUUGCAACUGUCCUGCGUCCCCAGCUGCUCUGGAAAGUUCGAAAAGUCAUCCGAGCUACUCGCCCACCUAGAAGGUCAAGAAUGCACCGCGGCUGCUACCAAGGGUGUUCACGAACAUGGAAUCGCCCAUUUGAUCCUCCUCGAUUACGCUCGUGACUUCACCAACGAAGAGAAAAUCUACCUUGCCAGUCUUGAAAUGAAAGCAAUCGUCCUCCCCAAGGAAACAAUCUGGCUUGUCGACCCACUUGGCAAGUUCUUCGACGUCAUCACUAACAGCAACAAGAUGAAAAAAAUCAGCGCGCAGUCACACUUAAUAUAUACCUGGAAGAUCCAAGGGGAUGACUUUGAUGACAUCUCUGGGGAUUCUAAGUAUACUUGUCUCGCCUGUGGUGAGAAGUUUGUUCGACCGCGUAAUUUCCAUGAUCACAUUCGUGGGGUCGAAAAGAAGAAGAAGCGAGCGUCUACUGCUAAUUUUGAGGCCACACAGGCUGCUUUGACGGUUUGGAAGUGUGAAGGUUGUGAAGCUAUCUUCAAGGUUUUGAGUGGAUUAACCGGUCAUUAUGAGGGUGGGUGCAAAAAGAUCGCGGAGGAGAUGAGGGCCUUGAGGAAGGAGAAGGAGCAUUGGAACGAACUGGAUGAAGCAAUGAGGAAGGAGAUGGAGGAAGAUGGAGACGGGGGGGUCGUUGUUUUGGAUUAUAAGGAGUUGACUAGUGUUACCUACGAGGAUGGCUCUGAUGAUGAGGAUGACGCUCAGGAUGAGGAUGAGAAGUGGACGAUAAAAUGGGACCCGAAUGAGAGUGAAGACGAGGAACUCUCAGACUUGGUGGGAUUAAAAGAGGAAACAGGUAACUCUGUAGCCAGUUCCGAGGAUUCGAAGGGAGAGUAUACUGGAGGUAAACCAGUUGGGUUGGAGAAUUUGAUCACGAGUAUGGGAAUUGUGCCCGCAGAGGAGAGUUCUGAUGAAGAAGAUUGGAGUGAUUAA